AUGCGGUGGCGGGACCGUAUCGCGGUGCUCUUCUUUCCAGAAGGCCUGGUGCUCACCGUGGCUGCACUGUUGCUCUUUUUUAUGCACCUGAGUGUCUUCGUCAGCGACGUGUACAACUUCUGCAUCACCCACUACUACGACCGCAUGAGCUUCCACUACACAAUUGUCCUGAUGUUCUCCCAGGUGAUCAGCAUCUGCUGGGCAGCCAUGGGGUCACUCUACGCUGAGGUGACAGAGGACAAUGCUCAACGGAGCCAUGUUCUUCAACCGCCUGUCCCUGGAGUUUUUGGCCAUCCAGUACCGGGAAGAGAACCACUGAGGCUAGGGAUUGGGCUCAGAAGGGGGAAGGAAAAGGAGGCUUUGGGUAUUUUAAUAAAGUCUGCCAUUUAUUUCCACCUGCCAGCUCCUUCAUGGGUUGGGGGUGGGAGGUCAGAGACCUAG